UUUUAAUUCUUAUUUGAAAAAAUUUUAGUCUUGUGCCAUCUUUGACAGACUUAAAUUAAUCUGAGUGAGAUAAUUUGACAGUUUACUAUCAAAUGAACUCAAUGUUUUAGUUUGAACAGUGAAAUUUUAGUCAUGAAAGCUACUGUCGGCAAUUUUACAUUGUGGUACACAUUUCUGUACCUUUUUAACCAUUGUGAGAGUAUUAGUGGUAAUGAAGCUCCGCUGAUUUUCACAGUCGCAUCUGAUGGAGCUAAAGAUGGAUAUCAAAGGUUUUUGCGAUCUGCUGAGCAAUAUGAUCUAGAUGUCGUUACAUUAGGAUUGGGUAAACCAUGGAAAGGCGGUGACAUGAAUUUUCGUGGCGGUGGAUAUAAAGUGAAUUUGCUGAAGGAAGCACUCGUGCCAUAUAAGAACGAUGAGAAUCGUAUUAUAAUGUUUACAGACAGCUACGACGUCAUCUUCCUAGCAACAUGGCCAGACAUCCUUGAAAAGUUCCAAAACUUUAAAGCAAAAGUUGUCUUUGCAGCUGAAAAUUUCUGCUGGCCAGAUGCAGAACUGAAGACAAAAUACCCAGAAGUCGAUGGAGAUGUUCAAAAGUAUCUCAAUUCAGGCAUGUUUAUGGGUUAUGCUGCUAAUAUUUGGAAGAUCCUCGAAUCAGCUAAAAUAAAAGACACCGAAGACGAUCAACUUUUCUACACAAAUGCAUUUUUAGACAUGAAAUUAAGAGAUGAGAAUCAAAUAAAAUUAGAUCACAAGUCGUUGCUAUUCCAAAAUUUAAAUGGCAAUAUCGGCGAUGUUUCCGUAACGAUCAAUAAAGAAGGUGAAACAAAAUUGCUUAAUAAAAAAUAUGGAACUAAUCCGUCAGUUGUGCAUGGAAAUGGACCGAGUAAAUUAAUUUUAAAUAAUUUUGGAAAUUAUAUCGCUGGUGCCUACAUGGAUGGUGAAUGUAUAACAUGUCUCGAGAAUCAUAUACCAGAAAAUGAAAGGCAGUCAUUUAAUGUCCUUAUUGCCUUAUUUAUCGAGAGUCCAACACCAUUUUUGGAAGAAUUUCUUGAUAAAAUCCUUGCACAUAACUAUCCAAAAGAGAAGAUCCACAUUUUCGUCCAUAACCGUGUCGAAUAUCAUUCAGAAUUGGUCAAUAAAUUCCUCGAACAUGCCGGCAAUGAGAAAUACGCAUCAGUAAAAGGAUUGAACUUUAGAGAUGGAAUUAGUGAGGCAACAGCACGUGAGCUUGCUGUCAAUCGAUGCUUAACAAAGAAAUGCGAUUAUCUUUUCGUUGUCGAUUCCGAUGUUCAUCUCGAUAAUCUCGACACAUUGAUUGAACUAAUCAUGUUCAACAGAACCAUUUUGGCACCAAUUAUAACGAGAAUCGGAGGCGUUUGGAGUAAUUUCUGGGGAGCAUUGAGCGAAAAAGGUUUCUAUGCACGAUCAAGUGAUUACAUGUCGAUAGUAAAUAAUGAGAUUCGUGGCAUCUGGAAUGUUCCUUUCAUCUCUUCAUGCUACUUAAUAAAAGCUAAAAUUCUGAAUCAACUUUCAUAUACAAAGGCUGAUGUUGAUGCUGACAUGGCAUUUGCUGAACAUUUAAGAAGUCAAGACAUUUUUAUGUUUGCAUCAAAUUUAAAUGACUAUGGACAUUUAAUCAAUCCAGACACUUUUGACAUUAAAAAGACAAGACCAGAGUUUUAUGAACUUUUCUCAAAUAAAUUUGACUGGGAGAAGCGGUUCAUCCAUGACGAAUAUUGGGCUCAAUUGCUUGAAGAAACAGUUCCAAAGCAGCCAUGUACCGAUGUCUAUUGGUUCCCAAUUGGUAAAGACAUCUUUUCAGACAGCAUGAUUGAUAUUAUGGAAGCAUUUGGCAAAUGGAGUGACGGUACAAAUUCGGAUACAAGAUUACAGGGUGGCUACGAGGCAGUUCCAACUCGCGAUAUUCAUAUGAAUCAAGUUGGCUUGGAAGCAUUGUGGCUUAAAUUUUUACAAUUGUACAUCAAACCAUUGCAAGAGAAAGUUUUCCUUGGAUACUUCCAUGAUCCACCACGAUCAUUGAUGAACUUCGUUGUAAGAUAUCGACCGGAUGAACAACCUUUCUUGCGACCACACCAUGACUCGUCGACAUAUACAAUUAAUAUUGCAUUGAAUCGCGCUGGAAUCGAUUAUGAAGGCGGUGGAGUCAAUUUCUUGAGAUACAACUGUUCAAUACUCAAUCCUGAAAAGGGAUGGCUGUUUAUGCAUCCUGGACGAUUGACACAUUUCCAUGAAGGUCUUCGUGUCACCAAGGGUACUCGUUAUAUAAUGGUCUCAUUUAUUGAUCCAUAAAUGCACUGAAACUUGCCAUAUCGUACACAAAAUUAAUAAAUUUUAAGAAGAUACUUAGACAUGAUAAUAAGAUUGAUUAGUGAUAAAUCAUGUAAAUGCCAAAGUAAAAAGUUUUUAAUUCACAACUCAUAUCAUCUUGAUAUGAAUGAAUGAAUUGCAUUUUUCAAGGUUUGGAAGAUAAAUUUGAAACUUAUUCAGCACAACUUAUCACAAUAAAUUCAGACUUUUUGACAACCAAGCCUUGAUAUUUUUGAAUAAAACCUCCACUAACAUUGAUGGUAUUUGAAUAAAAUUCCUAUUUUAAUUUUUCCACUAACACAUAGGACAAUAGGUUGUGUCGUCGUUGUCAUUAAUUUUAAAUUUAUACUGUAAUAAUUAAAAAGGUACAGAAUAUCAAUAAAGAUUGAUUUAUUUUCAAGAGAA